GCUCCCCCUCUCUUCCCCCCAGCAGCUCUUCCCAAUGUGAAUCCGGCUUCCGACUCCGGCGUGGGGGGAGAAAGGCCCAGCAGCCUCAUCAGCACCCGUGCUCAGCUAGCGACCCGGCCAGACGGGCGCCCGCAGAUCUCCCCACCCUCGGAAAUCCCCCCGCCCCCAGCGCGCUCGGACCCACAAGCCGCUGCCGUCUGGGUUCAGCGCCGUGGGCCGAGCCUCCUACAGUGAGGGGCGUGGGGCUGUAGCCAGCAGGUCAUAGGACAACAGAAGCUAAACCUAACGCACACGCAGAGGGCGAUGGCCGCCGAGACGCUCAAUUUUGGACCGGAAUGGCUCCGCGCGCUGUCCAGUGGGGGCAGCGUGGCCUCCCCCCCACCCUCUCCUGCCAUGCCAAAGUACAAGCUCGCGGACUAUCGCUACGGCAGAGAAGAGAUGCUAGCACUUUAUGUCAAAGAGAACAAGGUCCCGGAGGAGCUCCAGGAUAAGGAAUUCGCUGCCAUUCUCCAGGAAGAGCCACUGCAGCCGCUGGCCCUGGUCCCAUUAACGGAGGAGGAGCAGAGGAAUUUCUCCAUGUCUGUGAACAGCGUGGCGGUGCUGAGGCUGAUGGGAAAAGGAGGUGGAGCCGCUCCCGCUGGAGUCUCCCGGGGGAGGGGCAGUACCCGGAGCCGAGGCCGGGGCCGAGGUGAGAGUGGGUUUUACCAAAGAAGUCCGGAGGAGCCAGAGGGGGCGUUCGGGCGUGGGGCCCGGGAGAUCCACCGCAGCCAGAGCUGGGACGACCGGGGCGAGCGGCGGUUCGAAAAGCCGACCCGGCGGGAUGGAACCCGGGCUCCCUUCGAGGAGGGGGCUCCACUCCCCCGCAAGGACUACGCCCGCUCGGACAGCAACAACUGGCGGACGCUGCGGGAGGAGCAGGAGGAGGAGGAGGAGGGGGGCGGGGGCACCGGCCCCACCCCCGCCGGGGCGGCCGUGGGGGGCAGCUGGCGGCUGAGUGGGGCCCGGCGCGAGAGUGAGCGCUGGCGGUCGGCCAGCCCAGAUGGUGCGCCCCGCUCAGCUGGCUGGCGAGAGCACCCUGAGGGCCGGCGCCGCAAGUUCGACUUCGACUUCCGGGAGCGGGAGGAGGAGCGGGGCGGGCGGCGGCACCGGGGCAGCGACAGCUUCGAGGACGACAAGGACGGGCUGCCCGAGUGGUGCAUGGACGACGAGGACGAGGAGAUGGGCACCUUCGACUCCUCUGGUGCCUUCAUGCCCCUCAAGAAGAGCCCCAAGGAGCCAAUCCCUGAGGAGCAUGUGUUCGACUUCCAUCCGUUGCAGGAAGACGAUGAGAGGUCGGAAGGGAAGGAGGAUGCUGAGCCCAGCUCGAAGGAGGCCCCCGAGAAAGAGGCCUGGAAGGAUCCCUCGAUGACCCCGGAGGAGAAGCGAUGUUCCCCGCCCGGCGCCCCCUGGCUGUCGGGCCCCCCCUUUGCUGCUACUGUUGCCACUGCCACUAGUGAAUGUGAGAGUGCCCCCCUGGGGGGCUCGGACCCCACCGUGCCCCUCGGCACCUGCGACAAGGAGCCGAAGCCUGCUGCGGAAGGGGACCCAGGCGUCCUGGGCCUCCCGUCGCAGCUCAGCACGGGCGCGGUCUCCACCCUCUCCUCCCCUUCCUCCACCACCAAUGCUGCUACUGAGUUCUCCAUUGGAGACGCCGAGGACGACGAUGGGAUGAAACAUCUUCAGCAGGAAGCAGAGAAGAUGGUGGCCUCGCUCCAGGAGAGCUCCAUGGAUGAGGAGCGCUUCACCCAGGCCAUCCAGGAGCCGCGCAACACGGCCGCUGCCCUGCCCCUCUCCCACGAGGCCGCCAUGAAGUGGUUCUACAAGGAUCCUCAGGGGGAGAUCCAAGGGCCCUUCACCACGCAGGAGAUGGCGGAGUGGUUCCAGGCCGGCUAUUUCACCAUGUCGCUCCUGGUGAAGCGCGGCUGUGACGAGGGCUUCCAGCCGCUGGGCGAGGUGAUCAAGAUGUGGGGAAGAGUGCCUUUCGCGCCUGGCCCGUCGCCGCCCCCGCUGCUGGGGAACCUGGACCAGGAGCGGCUGAAGAAGCAGCAGGAGCUGGCGGCGGCCGCCCUCUACCAGCAGCUCCAGCAUCAGCAGUUCCUGCAGCUCAUCAACCGGUACCUGCCGGACAGGCCGCAGUUCGCCCAGUGCGCACUGCAGCAGAAGCUGGCAGCCGGCGACCUCACCCAGCAGCAGCUCACGGCUUUCCUGCAGCAGCUGCAGGCUCUGAAACCCAGAACCGGGGAGCAGAACCUGAUCCCGGCGAUGAACCGAUCCAUGUCCGUGCCAGACACAGGGUCCCUGUGGGACGCGCAUACCUCAGCUUCACAGCCUGCAGGCGGUGAGGCCAGUCUAUGGGAUAUACCAAUUAAUUCUUCAACUCAGGGUCCAAUCUUAGAACAACUGCAACUGCAACAGAAACUCUGGGACGGGAGGGGGGUUGGUGGUUAG